UCCUGCAUCCCCCAGGAAUGGGUGGGGAGAGAGAAUCACAGUCCUGGACUGGGGGGCGAGGACCCCAGGGUCCCAGGUGGGGGGCUGUCGCCACGCUGGGGGUUAGCUUUGGGAACUCUGGGGUCCAGGUGUCGUGGGAAUGAUAGGUGGUCUGAUUAGGGGGCAGGGCGCCCCCAUGGGGAGGGAGGCCAGUCUUGUGGAGAGCAUAGUGCCAGCAGGAGGGCCUGUUAAGCUAGACUCUGGGCUUGUUCCUGACAAGGGCCACAGAAGGCAUCGUGGCCCAGGCGGGACCCUGCACCUGCACCCCUUGGAGCCUGGUACUGGUGGGCGGGGCUGCAGGCAGGGAGGGAGGAGCUCACCCGCCUGCCAGCUGGCUGGAAGCAGGGCCCAGAGGCCCAGACUCAGAGGCUAAGGACUUAGCCGGGAUUGGCUGAUACCCCCACUGGCCCAGCCCGGUCUCCAGGCCCCAACUCCAGGACCUGUUCAGCUUCUCGGCAGCUGACCAUUCUCUCACCCAAGCCCCCACCUCCUCAUUUUCCAUCACAAGAUCUAUAGCUGCCCCCCUGCCCCCUCCCCCCAGCACAUCCUCUCCUGCACCGGCUGGCUCCCUGGGUGGCCCUGAGCCUGCAGGCUCCACCCAUGCCACCUCGCGCCAGCCCCACCACCUGCAGUUGGGCCACACCUCCCCCAGCUGCCCCUCCUCUCUGGGCCUCCACCUUCCCAUGGGGGCAGGGAGGCUCCUCUGCUCCCCACCGCUCCAGCUUAGCCCUCAGCCACCCUUGCCCCUCACCCUCUCUGCCUCCGCUUCUCCUCUCCCCUCAUUUCUCAGUUCUGCUCAGGCCCUGACUUCUCUUUGGCUUCACAGCGCCCAAGGCUGAGACCCCCGCCAUGGCCAGCCCCGGGAAGCCUGGGGCUGGGGAGGCCCAGGAGGAGGAGGGGUGGGAUGAGGGGCGUGGCCCAGGGCCACUGGCAGCGACACUGGAGCAGGCCCAGGAGCUGUUUCUGCUGUGCGACAAGGAGGCCAAGGGCUUCAUCACCCGGCACGACCUGCAGGUGAGCCCCCAGCCCCAAGAGGCCUUCCACCCCAGGGCAGACCUUGGCUACUCAGCCUUGCCAUCCUUGCCCGGCCAGGGCCUGCAGAGCGACCUGCCCCUCACGCCCGAACAGCUGGAGGCUGUGUUCGAAAGUCUGGACCAGGCGCACACCGGCUUCCUCACCGCUCGGGAGUUCUGCCUUGGCCUGGGGAAGUUGGUGGGGGUGGAGCCUGCCCCGGGUGCUCUGCCCUCCCAGGCUCCAGAGGAAACCUUUGAGGCGGGCUGGUCGGAUGUGCAAGGCACCGGGGGCUCCCUGGAGGAGGAGGACGAGGAGGAGGAGGAGGAGGAGGAGAGAUUCUGCUCUGCACUGGUGCAGCUGGGGGUGGCCCGGGUCCUGGGCGAGCAGCGGGCAAUUCGGACCCUCUGGACCCAGCUGCAGCGUGAGCGACCCGAACUGCUGGGCUCCUUCGAGGACGUUCUGAUGCGGGCGUCGGCCUGCCUGGAGGAAGCGGCCCGAGAGCGGGAGGGCCUGGAGCAGGCGCUGCGGCGGCGGGAGAGCGAGCACGAGAGGGAGGUGCGAUGUCUGUACGAAGAUAUGGAGCAGCAACUUCGCGAGCAGCGCCAGCGCCUGCGGAGUCAGGACGUCCCCCGGGAGGAGCGGAGAGGCCGCCUAGAGCUGGAGCUGCAGAGUCGCGAGCAGGAGCUGGAACGCGCGGGCCUGCGGCAGCGGGAGGUGAGCGGCUGCCGGGCGGUCCCGGCCGGGAGGCGUGCACAGCGGUCCAGCCCAGGCCCCAUCCUCACCGUCCCCCAUGCACUCCCCGGCGUCCUUGAGGCCCUUGGGCCUAUGUUCCCAGCCCCGGAAUUGUUGGGAGUCAGGGGCAAACGCAGCAUCCCGGGGACGUGGGGGGGUUCUCUCCAGCCUCGAUCCCCCCACACCCCAGUUGGAACAGCAACUGCAGGCCCGGACCACCGAGCAGCUGGAGGCGCAGGCGCAGAACGCCCAGCUGUGGCUGGCCAACGAGGCGCUGCGGGCGCAACUGGAAGUGGCGCAAGAGCAGCUCCGCAGACUGGAGAGCGACUUGCUGGGCCGUCGGGAGCAAACCCAACGAGACGUGGUCGCGGUCUCGAGGAACAUGCAGAAAGAGAAGCUCAGCCUCCUGCGGCAACUGGAACUGCUCAGGAAUGCUGCCUCUUGAGACCUCUCAGAGCCCUUGGACUCCUAUUCCUCAGGGAGCUGAACACGAGGCUACGAGACGAGAAGGACGUCUGUGAGGCCAAGCGGCUGGGCAGUGGCCGCAGGAAGGCUCUGACCACGGCCCCGCUGCUGGGGCCCGCCUGCUGCUGCUGCUGUUGUAGUAGCUGGGCUCGCCCCCCCAGACGCGGCUCUGGCCACCUUCCCAGUGCCCGCUGACCAGCCCGAGUGACUCACUGGGCGUUACUUGGUUACUCGGAGAAGCUGCCCCUUGAAGGCGACUCCUCGUGGCUGGGGGCUGCCCAUCCAGGACGUGGGCUCUACCCAGUAGGCUGCCUGGCCUGCCUGACUUGCAGACGUGAAGGAACUAAUCCUGGGUGGUCAGGGUCUCACCGUGCCUCCCUGCCAGUCCUCACCCUACCCCCAUCCCAUCAAAUCCAGCAGAAGACCCCCUCUUCCAAAUAAAGUCCACUGACUUCGA